AUGGAGCUGGUGGUGCCUAUUUACCAAUGGCCCGCACCAUUGGAGGGCUCCAUGUACGAGCAGGUUGCAACAUCAUCUGUGCGCACGGUCACCGUGCUUAAUCCAGGAAACGGUCUGGCGAACCAGUGCCAGGGUUCUGUGCCAGCGAAUCCAGUCUGGCAGCCUGUGGUGACAUUGUAUGACAGCAAUCCGCCCGCAAGAACAAUUGGCUAUGUGUACAGUCAGUGGGGGAACCACUCCUUGUCCGUGGUCAAGCAGUCAAUCGACAACUACUUUGCUUGUUUCAACGUGUCUGGAAUUUUUGUGGAUGAGACGGCUACAGACCCCAGCCAGUGCAAUGGUCAUGAUGCCUAUUACGACCAACUCUAUGCCUACGUGAAGGGCAAGGAUCCGAAGGCCGAGGUCAUGUGCAACCCUGGCACGGGCUUUGACUACGCAGCCUGGAAGCACUGCUGCGACCGGGCCAUGGUUGUGGAAGUGUCACUGAGCUCCUUUAACGAUGGUUUCACUUCGGAAGCGAGCCCGUUCAUGGGUGCCACGCCCUACCCACCUGGUUUUGCAGUGGUGCUUGUCUACGGCGUGCCCGGAAUCACCGAGAUGCAGCAGGUGGUACGCCGGGCGGCAUGUGCGAAUUUCACGAACGCAGAUGGGGUUUGGGUGCUCGAGGAGGGCGGCAAUGGCGUAUUACCGAUGUACACAACGCUGCCGAGCUACUUCGCAGAGGAAGCAGAGUAUGUAAAGUCCGCCAUAGUGCCUGAGUGCCCACCGCCUCCCGCACCUCCAGUGUACACCCAAGCCCCAACUGGGGGGGCUUGCUGGUUCAAUCCAAACGACAACAACUGCGAGAUUUGCUACCCUGGCUACUACCAGUGCUCAUGGCAGGGUUGCUACAAGCAUCAAUGCUCGCCGCCUGGGGGAAGUGCGUGCACUAACCCUUGCUCCAGUUAG